GACACUCAGCGCCCAGACGCCGCCAGGCCCGCGCCGCUCCGCCCGGGCACCGCAGCCAGACUCGCAAGACGAGCCUCCGACCAAUCUGAUGAGCGGCUCGAGCAGAGAAGUCCUCGCCAUGGAAACGAGCCACCCGGACCACGUGAUCUCCUUCGGGAAGAAGAAGGGCUGCUACGUGAGUCGCUGCGUGGCGGCCCUGCUCGGCGUCUUCUUCCUGAGCGGGAUGGUCGCCACGGGCCUCCUCGUCUACUACUACGCGCCGCACAUCCGGGACUCGCAGCGGGAGUCGUUGAUUCUGCAGAAGCCUGUGGUCCCGCUGCACAAGUCCCUGCCGCCGCCGACGAGAAGGCCCUCCGCCACGUCAACGACCACGGAGGCCCUCAGACCCACAGUCCAGCCCCCGACGACCUCCGCCACAGCAGCCCCCGCCGCAGAGGCCCUGGACGUGCGACUGCCGACGGCGCUGAGGCCGCUUCACUACCUGAUCAAACUUCAGCCCUUCAUCAACGGGAACUUCAGCAUCCUGGGCUACAUGGAGGUGGAAAUGGAAGUCUUGGAACCAACGUCCAACAUCACGCUGCACAUCGCUGACAUCAUCACCCAUAAUGAUACUGUUACUGUGGCGGCCUCGGGAGACUCGGGUCCCAGCAUAAGGAUAAAGAGGCACCAGUACGACCACGACCGCCAGUUCUACAUCGCGCAGCUGGAUCAGCAACUAGAGAAGAACAAGAAGUACGUGCUGUCCAUGGAGUUCCUGGGUUACCUCAACGACCAGCUCCGCGGAUUCUACAGGUCCACUUAUAAGGACGAAGAUGGAAGCGAUAAGAUGCUGGCCGUGACCCAGUUCCAGGCCACGGACGCGCGCCGGGCCUUCCCCUGCUUCGACGAGCCCGAGAUGAAGGCGACGUUCGAAGUGUCCUUGGCCAGGGAGGAGAAUAUGUCGUCCAUCUCGAAUAUGCCGAUCAAGGAGACUCUGCCAGUUCAAAACCAGGAGGGAUGGGUAUGGGACCAUUACCAUAGAAGUGUUCCAAUGUCUACUUACCUGGUUGCUUUCGUGGUGUCCGACUUUGCCAACCUAAAGUCUCGAGCUAAUGAGAACACCUUCUUCCGAGUGUGGGCGAGAGAGUCGGCGAUCCAGCAGGCCGAGUACGCGGGCCAGGUGGGUCCCAUGAUCCUGAACCACUUCGAAAAGUACUUCAGCAUGCCCUACCCGCUGCCCAAACAGGACAUGAUCGCCAUCCCGGACUUCUCGGCGGGAGCGAUGGAGAACUGGGGCCUCAUUACCUACAGAGAAACGGCGAUGCUUUACGACCCCGUGGUGUCAGCGGCUUCCAACAAGCAGUAUGUGGUGGCCGUUGUGGCGCACGAGUUGGCGCAUCAGUGGUUUGGCAACAUCGUCACGCCGAGCUGGUGGACUGACCUCUGGCUCAAUGAGGGCUUUGCUUCCUACGUCGAGUACAUAGGCAUCAACCAUGUCGAGCCCAAGUGGCAGGUGAUGGAGCAGUUCGUGCUGCGGGAGGUGCAGGAGGUCUUCGGGCUGGACUGCCUCGAGUCCUCGCACCCGAUCAGCAUCCCCGUCGGGCAUCCGGACGAAAUUGGACAAAUAUUCGACAGGAUUUCUUACGGCAAAGGUGCAUCUAUAAUCCGCAUGAUGAACCACUUCCUCACUGAGGUCACCUUCAGAAGAGGCCUAAGGAACUAUCUCGAUGCUUUUAAGUACAGCACGGCGGAACAGGACGACUUGUGGGAAUACCUGACCGCCGUCGCGCACCAGGACGGAACGCUGCCUCGAGGUCUGACGGUGAAGAUGAUCAUGGACACGUGGACGCUGCAGAUGGGCUACCCCGUCGUGAAGGUGACGCGGGGCCCCGACGGCACCUCGGCAGUUGUAUCGCAGGAACGUUUUCUCUUGGUGAGAAGCGAAAACUCCAGCGACACCCACGACUACAAGUGGUGGGUUCCCCUGACGUACACGACCCAGAGCGAGGCCAACUUCAACCAGACUCAGGCCAUGGUGUGGAUGAAGGACUCCGAGGCACAGAUCAGCCUCUCGUCCCUUCCCCCGAGGGACCAGUGGGUCAUCUUCAACCUGCAGGAGACGGGCUACUACAGGGUCAACUACGACGACCACAACUGGGGCCUCCUCAUCCAGCAGCUGAGGAACGACCACGAGGUCAUCAGCACCAUCAACAGAGCGCAGAUCAUCGACGACGCCAUGAAUCUUGCCAAAGCUGGUCAGAUUACGUACGAAACCGCUCUAAGCGUGUAUACUUACCUGUCGAAGGAGACGGAGUAUGUGCCCUUGGCUGCUGCCAUCAACAACCUUGGCUACCUGAGGAGCAUGUUCGUGCGGGCAGGUGGCUAUGGCUCGCUCAGGAGCUACCUGCUGGACAUCCUGGUGCCGCUCUACGAGUCCGUGGGCUUCGAGGACAGCCCCGACGACCCUCUGCUGGACCAGUACAAGCGGACGAAGGCGCUCUCGUGGGCUUGCCUCUUGGGCCACCAGCACUGCCUGGACAGCGCCUCCGCCCUCUACCGCACCUGGAUGGCCAACCCGACCAACGACAGCAUCAUUUCCCCGAACCUCAAGUCGACGGUUUACUGCCGCGCCAUCGCAGAGGGUGGUGAAGCCGAGUGGAACUUUGCUUGGCAUAAAUAUCUCAAGUCUUCUGUCUGGGACACAAAAAAGUACUUAGAGAUGGCCUUCACUCCCGACUCUGGCAUCCGGAAACAAGACGCUUACCGCGUGUUCGGAGCCGUCGCCAAGAACGUGGUGGGUCGCCCGCUCGCCUGGAACUACCUUCAGAAUGAGUGGGACAAAAUAUACGACUUUUACGGGAAGGCGAAACCCCACUUCAUAAAGUACGCCACUGGAGGCUUCAACACGGAGCAGCACUUGAAAGAGGUGGAGCACUUCCGAAAGGAGCACGAGCACCACCUGGGCUCCGCGUCGCGCACGGUCGAGCAGGUGAUCGAGCGGACGAAGAACAACAUCGCCUGGAUGAAGACCAACUAUGACGUCAUCGUGAAGUGGCUGGACGCGAACGGGUAUUCGACGAAGCUCAGCACGGCAUAGGCUGAAAGGCAUAUCUUAUUUUAAUACUAAUUCAAGACUGUUAACAUCGCCAGGAAGUGUGUAUCGGAUCUAUGUGUACUUAAUAGACUGAUCUGCAAGUCUCUGCUUCCAUUAAUCGGCGGAAUAUCAUCAAUUGGAAGAUAAACAGUAAUGCAUUUA